AUGAGUUAUCCGCUGGACUCUAUAGGGAGUCCCUUCAGAACAACCAUGGAUUCUAGGACGACGAGCUACGGCUACGGCCGCCCAGUCGGCACCGCCUCCAGCGGCUUCCGCUCCCAGACCUGGACCUCCCGGAGCCCGGCACCCGGCAUGACCUCCUCCUCCUCCUACAAGAGGACCGUGAACGCACCGGUCUCUCGAUCCUACGGGUCCGGGGUCCUUGGCUCCUCCGCCGCCGACGUCGAUUACAACCAGAACCUGAUGACCGGAGACUACAACAAGCGCAGCAACGAGAAAGAGCAGCUGCAAGGGCUCAACGACCGCUUCGCCGGCUACAUCGACAAGGUGCACUACCUGGAGCAGCAGAACAAGCAGAUCGAGGCGGAGAUCCAGGCUCUGCGGCAGAAACAGGUGUCCCGCAGCCAGCUGGGCGACCUUUACGACGAGGAGCUUCAGGAGCUGCGCAACGUGCUCGAGCAGAUCCACCAUGACAAAGCACAGAUCCAGCUGGACACGGAACACAUCGAAGAGGACAUCCAGCGGCUAAGGGAGCGCUUCGACGAGGAGGCGCGCAUCCGUGAGGAGAGCGAGGCCAUCAUGCGCAUGCUGAAGAAGGACUCCAGCGACUCGGACCUGAUGAAGUCCGAGCUUGAGAAGAAAGUGCAGUCGCUGCAAGACGAGAUCGCAUUCAUCCGCAACAACCACGAAGAGGAGGUGAACGAGCUGAUCGCCCAGGUGCAGGAGUCUCAGGUGAGCUUCGAGAGGAAGGACUUCCAGAAGACCGACAUCACCGAGGCGCUGCGAGAGAUUCGCUGCGAGCUCGAGGGCCACUCCAACCAGAACCUGCAGCAGGUGGAGAACCUGUUCAUGUGCCGCUACUCCAAGCUGUCGGAGGCGGCAGAGCAGAACAAGGACGCUAUCAAGUCCGCCCGGGACGAGAUCAGCGACUACCGGCGCCAGCUGCAGACCAAGACGGUUGAGCUGGAAUCCGUCCGCGGGACGAGGGACUCCCUGGAGAGGCAACUGAACGACAUUGAGGACCGCCACAACAGCGACCUAUCCAGUCUGCAGGAGACCAUCCACCAGCUGGAUAAUGAGCUGAAGAGCACCAAGUGGGAGAUGGCCCGCCACCUCCGCGAGUACCAGGACCUGCUCAACGUCAAGAUGGCGUUGGACAUCGAGAUCGCCGCCUACAGGAAACUGCUGGAGGGCGAGGAGACACACUUCAGCACCUACCCCUACCGCGCACCCGUGACCCCCACCAAGACCCUCAAGUCCAAGUCCGAGGCCCCCAAGAUGAAGGUGCAGCACAAGUUUGUGGAGGAGAUCAUCGAGGAGACCCGCGUGGAGGACGACAAGGCCGACAUGGACGAGGCCCUGGCCGAGCUGGCCGAGGAGCUGUCCGCCACACUCGCCGACGCCGGCGAUGACGCCGAAGACGAGGCCGAAGCAGAGGAGGAAGAGGAAGCCGGAGAGGCCGAGGGAGACGAGGCCGAAGAGGAGGCUGAGGCCGACGACGCAGAACAGGACGAGGAGGAAGUGGUGAGCGCCACGGCGGCCGAGGUCACCGCUAGCGCCCCCGCUGCCGACGAUGACAACGACGAAGAGAAGGAUGGAGGAGAUGAAGUGGAAGCCGAAGCUGGUGAUGAAGGAGAGAAAGAGGCAGAGGGAGAAGAUGAGGCAGAAAAGGAUGAGGAUGCCGAGCAAGGUGAUGACGCCGAAGCUGAAGACGAGGCUGGAGAGGACGAAGAGGUCGUAGAAGAAACGGUGCUGUGCUCCAAGGACAUUGAGGACAAGGAGCAAGAGGAGGCUGAGGCUGAGGCUGAAGCUGAGGAGGCCGCAGACGACGACAAAGACGCAGGCAGCGACAAGGAAUCUAAAGGUGAGGACGACAAAGAGGAAGAGGUGAAAGAGGAGGCCACGGUCGAGAGCGAAAAGGACGAGAAGGACGACAAAGAGCAGAAGGUCGAGGAAGCUGAGUCACCAAAGGCAGAGGCCCCUAAGGCUGAGUCACCAAAGGCAGAGGCCCCUAAGGCUGAGUCACCAAAGGCAGAGGCCCCAAAGGCUGAGUCACCAAAGGCAGAGGCCCCUAAGGCUGAGUCACCAAAGGCUGAAUCACCAAAGGCUGAGGCUCCUAAGGUAGAGGCCCCCAAGGAAGAGGCCCCUAAAGCAGAAGCCCCUAAGGUAGAGGCCCCUAAGGUAGAGGCACCUAAGGAAGAGGCCCCUAAGACGGAAGCCCCUAAGGUAGAGGCCCCUAAGGCAGAGGCCCCUAAGGCAGAGGCCCCCAAGACGGAAGCCCCCAAAGCAGAAGAGGCAAAGAGCGAAGCAGCAGAAGAACCAAAAGCGGAGACGAAAGACGCCGCCAUGAACGGAGGCAUGGACAAGAGCCCCGAGGAGAAGCAGAAGGACGACGAGGACGCGCUGGCUAACGGCAUGGACGACAGCCACCUGAAGGAGGACGCCAGCCAGAAGGUGGUGAUCACCAAGACGGUGGAGACCAUCACCACCGGAGAGGACGGAGCCAAGCACGUCACCAAGUCGGUCACCGUGACCGAAACCUUGAAAGAGGUGGAAGAGGUGGUGCAGGAGAAGAUGGUCUCCACCAAGAAGAUGGAGAAGCACUCCACCGAGUCCAUCACACAGGUCACCGAGGCCGAGUGA